AUGGCUAGAACAUGGUAUAUUGCUAAGGGAAAUGGCAUAUUGCAACAUCAUCAGCUGAUUGAUGAGUUUGAGAAUGUUGUUGGAGAAGAUGGAGUCAUAUCCUUUUUGCUUGCACACUUGAUUAAUACAUCACAAUUGCAGGAAGCUAUAGUUCUACCCCCAUUUGUGGCAAUAACAAUUCGCCCAAGACCUGGUGUUUGGGAAUAUGUUCGUGUCAAUGUGUAUGAACUGAGUGUGGAACAAUUAAGUGUUUCAAAAUAUCUUUGCUUCAAAGAAGAACUUGUGGAUGGAGAGUUCAAUGAAAAUUUUGUGCUAGAACUUGAUUUUGAGCCAUUCAAUGCAACAUUUCCUAGACCAACUCGGUCAUCUUCCAUUGGCAAUGGGGUUCAAUUUCUCAAUCAUCACCUGUCUUCAAUCAUGUUCCGUAAUAAAGAAAGUUUGGAGCCUUUGCUUCAUUUUCUUCGCACCCACAAACAUAAUGGUCUUGCUGAAAUUUUGAUCUGUCAGAUGAGGCUUAUUGUCCAGGAAUUGUUGGAUGUUAAUUUUGGUUUCUGA